GCGGCGCAGGCGCCGACAGAACCAGCUUCUGCUCGGCUCUCGCUCUGGCUCCCGCUCGGCGGAGACAGCAGGCAGAGAGAGAUCCACAAUGCCAGGCUGUGACCGUUCCUGCAGCUGUAGCCGCGGGCCCAAGGUGGAAGAUGGCAAAUGGUAUGGGGUCCGCUCCUACCUGCACCUCUUCUACGAAGACUGUGCAGGUGCGGCCCUCAGUGAUGACCCUGAGGGGCCUCCCAUCCUGUGUCCCCGCCGACCCUGGCCCACACUGUGCUGGAAGAUCAGUCUGUCUUCGGGAACCCUGCUUCUGCUGCUGGGUGUGGCGGCCCUGACCACUGGCUAUGCAGUGCCCCCCAAGCUGGAGGGUAUCGGAGAGGGGGAAUUCCUGGUGUUGGAUCAGCGAGCAGCUGAUUACAACCAGGCCCUGAGCAUCUGCCGCUUGGCAGGCACAGCUCUCUGCAUGGCGGCUGGGAUCCUGCUGGCCAUUUGCCUGCUCUGGGCCAUGACUGGCUGGCUGAGCCAGGACACCAAGGCAGAACCCUUGGACACCGAAGCUGAUGGCCACGUGGAGAUCUUCGGGGAUGAGCCAGAGCAGCAGCUGUCCCCCAUCUUCCGCGAUGCCAAUGGCCAGUGUUGGUUUUCACCACCUGCCAGCCCCUUUGGGCAAUCCUCUGUGCAGACCAUCCAGCCCAAGCGGGACUCCUGAGCUGCCCACAAGGCCAGAGGAGGAGCCAGACCUGGGGUCUGGACCAUUCCUCUGUCCCACCACACCUGACCCUCCAGUUGUCUCCCUAACUUCUCCCCUUCAGCGGGGCCCCUUCCACCUAUCAGAAGACCCAACUCCAGGUCAAGAGAGUCUGGAGCUCAAAUCCCAGUGCCCCUUCCCAGGGACUGGGCCCCAAUUCCUCCAAGAUGCCAACUUUCCCCAGGUCCUCCCAAAGCUUCCCACCUACCCUUCCUUCCCAAGACCCUUCAGGAGCCGAAAACUUCCCUCUCAAUCUAUCCCCACUCUACUCUGUGUGACCCGGGGAAGCCCCUAUUCCUUUCAGACCAUCAGUUCCUGUCUCCAUACUAUGAUGGGUUUGGAUCAGAUUCUAGAGUUCCAUGACUUUCCUCUCCCCAGAUAUAAGCAUUACCAUAGACAAAGUGUGUGGGGGGGUGCGUAGUGGAGUCAUUCUCAUCCUCUGACCCCUUCCUCUGUCAGCUGCUCCAGCAUGCCUGCGAAUGGGUCACGAGCACUCACUGGGACUUCCCUUCCAGGAUGGUGCAGAAGCAGUCACCUCCUACAGAAUGUUUUCUCUGCGUUUUGGCCUCAGAGCCCCUGAGUCUGGCCCAUGAUGGGCUCUUAUUAACCCCAGUUUACAGACGAGGUGGCUGAGGAAAGCUGGCAGUCCGCAGGAAUGGGGACCCACAUCUACUGCCUCCUCUUGGGCCAGCUCUUGUUCUAUGGCUGGAACAGGGGACCUGCCGGACACUUUCCUGGCUUCCAGGGGACCUCCAGGGGUGGGAGGCAGGUGGUCCAGGGAGCCUGGUUGGAGGCCUGAUGGUCCUAGGUAGCUCAGAAGAGAAUUUGGACAUGCAUUUAAAUCGUCUCUUAUAGCCGAGGGGCAGGAGAACUGGGAUGUCUUUGCCCUUCAAAAUCCGCCCACUUAGUAACCAUCACCCACAGGUACUGACCUUACCCUGUAACAUAAUGCGUCCUCCUGGGGGCACCAGAACCUUCAUCCCGCAGGCUCCCCAGCCAGAUGCAUCACCUCCGUUCUUACCACUAGAGGGAGCUCCAAGACAGCUGGAGAGAGGAGCCCACGGAUCCCGCCCCUACCCUCCCCCUCUCCGUCGCAACUCCACCCUGGAGGGAUCUCUUGGGAGUGUCCUCGGUUCUCCCCGACCAGGCAGGCACUACUGCCCCAGUGCCCCACGCCCCUUCCCCACUUGGGACCCCUUCCAUCUUACUUUCCCUUUCAAUAAAGAGCUGGGACG